UGGCGGCAAACGGUGUAUGAAAGGUGCGGAAUGUUUUGGUUUUGGGACGAACAAUAAAAAUAGUGAAAAAUCGACGAACCCCGAGAAAAACAUGCAAUGGCCGGCGCUGUAACGCGAUUGCCUUGCUACUAAUACUGAGUGAGAUAACGUUACGCGGGUGUUGUGUCAUUCUUGGUGUAUUUUGAAAAGUGAUUUUUUUCUGUGAGUUUUCUCGCUAAUGUGUUCGCCUGUGGUAUUAAUAUGUGACAUCAGUUUACGCGAUAGAUAUGUCUACCGAUCCUGAUAAUAAUACAUGUCCUAAUACGAGUGCUAUCCAGGUUUUUGUUGACAGUGCCCCUGAAUUAGUAGGGGAUAGUAGUGAAAAUGAAUCUGACAAAAAGAAGAAAAAAUCUCGAAAUGUGUCCUUCCCUGAUGAAGAUCAGCUAGUGACCCAGUACUUCGAGCCGGCCAAUCCUUGGCAGAAUGCCGCCUCAACCAGCAAGGCGCAGCUGGCUGCGGAAUACCUGGAGUCGUGCCGGCGGCAUGGCACGCCAGCCAUCGAUUCAGUGCUGCAGCAGAUACGGGAACUGCCCGAGACGGCGAUCGGUGGAGCGACGCGUGCGCCUCGCCUCACGCUGUCCGAAUGUGUUCUCCAAGGCUCGGCGCCGGCGGACGCGUUGGAGGCUGUGCUACGGAGGGUGCAGUUCCGGCGGCUGGAGAUACACCAGGCCGUGAUAGAUGAUGAAGGCGCGGAGGCGAUAUUUGACAUGAUCGAAUACUACGAGAGCGCGAUAGUGGUCAGUAUCAACGGCGAGCGUCAGUUCGGCAUCCGGGGGUGGCAGGCCGCUUCCAGGAUGAUCAAGAAGAGCGCAGAGCUAUCCGAGCUAGAAGUGUCCGACAGCGCGUUAGAAGCGGCGCACGCGCCGGUCCUAGCGCGUGCGCUCCGUCCGCUCACGUGCCGACUUCGCGCGUUGUGUCUACAGCGGUGUUCAUUGUGCGGAGAGCCGCUGCUGUGUCUAGGUAGGUCCUAG